AUGGAAGGUUCUCGGCCACCGGUAUUUAGUGUUCGAAUAGUUUCAAUUGACUACUACAUAGCGCCUCCUAUUCCGGGCCUUGGCAUUUGUUACAGCUCUUUCCAUGGUGGGAAGGUGAACGAGGUUCCUGUUAUAAGAAUAUAUGGGUCAACGCCGGCUGGGCAGAAAACUUGUUUGCACGUACAUAGAGUUUUACCUUACCUUUACGUACCCUGCUCUGAUCUGGGCUCCAUACAAAAUGAUGAAGUUGAUUCAUGCAAAGGCUCUAUUUCCCUUGCCCUUGAGAAGGCUUUGAAGCUUAAAGGUAAUGCUGGCUCAAAGCGUCAGCAUGUGCACGGUUGUGAUAUUGUACAGGCAAAGAAGUUCUAUGGCUAUCAUUCUUCAGAGGAGUUGUUCCUGAAGAUUUAUCUCUAUAAUCCACACGAUGUUUCUCGAGCUGCAGAUCUUCUUCUGACAGGUGCAAUAUUGGAUAAGACACUACAGCCAUAUGAAUCACAUAUUCCUUUUCUUCUUCAGUUCUUGAUUGACUACAAUUUGUAUGGAAUGGGCCUUUUACAUGUUGCAAAAGUGAGGUUUCGCUAUCCUGUUCCAGAUGUUUUCUCCCAGUGGAAAGGUAAGCACCAGGCCAAACUGAGACGAUCCUCAGAUGACUCAACUCAAAUGGACUUUCAGGAUGAUUUAGGUGGCGACUUAUGUCCGAAAACACCAAUAUGGAUAUCAUCUACUAUUCCAGAAGGGUGGAUCGGGCAAUGUUCACCUGGACCUGGUUCUUCCAUAAAUGAAGAUAUUACACUCCCCAGACGUCAGAGUACCUGUGGGUUGGAGGCAGAUGCUGUAGUACAAGAUGUCAUAAAUCAGCAGCUUAUAUCGUAUGCAUCUCUCUCACAAACGGAUUCCGAAGUGAAAAUGGUUCAGUCACUAAUCCCGAUUUGGGAGGAAGAAUACGAGAGGAAUGGGGUGCCUGAGGCCACACCUUUAGCUUCCCAUGGGAAACCACUUCCCCAGGAUGUAUUGAGAAAUCUUUCAGACGGGAUUGAGUUUGAAAAUCUUGUGGAAUUGAGAUCUGAAGAAGAAAACCGGCCACUUUUGACUCCAGAAUCACUUGAAUCUUCUAAAGUUUGUGGAGAUUUGGCUGAUGUUGCAAAUAACAAUGAUUUGACUUUAAACAAUUUAAAGGCAAGUGACAGAGUCGGAUCAUUAUUACUAAUAGAUUCACCAUUUCGCGAUGCUGAUGCAGCCGGAACUGAUGUCAUAGAUGCGGGUGAUGAACUGCAACUAUCUGGAACCGAAGGACCAUCAACUGCAAAGGCCAUGGAUGAAGAUGCCUUAAGUCUCUUAAAAUGGCUUGCAUCUUCUCAAGCUGCAGAAGAUAUCAAUUCAGAUGAUGAACUUGCUCGGGAAACAAUUUUGAGUCCCUUGCUCCCUUCCAAACACAUUGAGAAGGUCUUAGAGAGGGCCAACGUUGACUACGAGAGUGAAUCGCAGAAAGAUUGUCAGGACAUCCUCGAUUCUGUUGAUAUGCUUAAUUUUGAGAAAUCUGAUUGCAAAGCCUCUUGUCCUGAGGAGAUUAAUCAGUCGUUUGAAUCUCUGUUAGAUAGAACAAUACCACAAGUGGAUGGCUCUAGUGACGACUUACAGCCAGUAUCCUGCCAGGACAAAAGUGAAGCAAAGCCUCAUGCUGAACGCCAAUCAUGGCCGCAAUCGGAUUUGACCUUAAUAUGUAAGAACAGAAUGAAGAGACCUCGCUGGGGUUCUUUACCUAUCUCUCGUCAACGAGCAAGUGGCUUUUUUCCUCCCGAUACAUUGUGCAUUCCCGAAGGAAUUGAAGAGAGAAAAGAAGGUUUAGGAACUUCCUGUCCGGGGGAUGAAUCAAAAAGAUCCUUAAUUGUACUGGAUGAUGAGCAGAAGGGUAUUAGUGGCAUGAAACAAUCUAGUGCUGGAUUGGCAUGCUCACCAAGGGAUUUGAUGAGGCGAAAGCGGUCUCAUAGAACUGAAAUCUUUGAGAAUAGAAGUCAGGAAGACUUGAAAGCAGAAUCACACCCUAAUGCUGAGUACCUGACAGGAUAUAUAAAUACUGACUCAAAGUUAUGUAAUAGUAUUCAAGAUCCAAGAGAUGGUAUUUCGAUUUUGCAUAAAUCUCCAAUGAAAAACGAGGAUGCGAAGGUGUGCCAUGAGGCUGUCCAUUUAAUACCAACCACUUCUUCUAUUGCUGCCAUUGGGGUGUCACCUAUGUCAUCCAGUAAAGAGAAGAUAGAGGAGGGAAAUUUGCCAAUGAAUAGGAAUCUGGGGGAUGUGGGAUAUGACUCGUGCCUUGGUCCUAACGAGCUCGAACUUGCUUGUGUUUCAAAAACCGAAGUUGUCUCUGAAGAUGAUCCUGGUUUGUUUGAGCCUUGCGGGACAUCAGAAAACUUAAACAAGGAAUAUGGAACUGCAAACCUAAUUGGUAUGACCUUCUCUGUGAAACCUCCAACUAUAAAUUGGACAGAUGAGCCCAAGGGAGAAGGCAGUAACAUACAUACAUCUAUUCCGGGAGAUAUUGCAGAUAAUUACCUCCCUUUUUUCUCCUCAGAUAGAGUACUUGAUGGUGCUAGCCUUAGAAAGUGUAAAAAUGAUGGAAACCGAGAACCAGUACUGGGUGUUCCUACACUUUUUCAGAACGAUGGGUCAUAUUUAUUCAUGCUGACCCCUGCUGCCUCACCUCCAUCGACAGAAUCUGUCGAUAGAUGGCUAUCGUCCAAUUCUUCUAAUAAUAUCUCGGAGCAGAAGCCAAAUGUUCCAUCACCCUUUGGGGAGUGUGCUCCUUUGUCCGGAGAAAAGCUUGAUCAAAAGAACGGCACUGUGAAAGUUGAAAGUAUUAAUGUGAAUAAGAAAAAUGUAUCAACGGCCUGCUCGAUGGACAUUUCUCAAAUAUCCGGCCCAGAUAAGAAUAUGAGGCAGACUCCAUUGAGUCAAAUCGGCUUCCGUGAUCCAGCAAGUGCUGGUCAAGGGCAGCAGCUAACGCUGAUGAGUAUAGAGGUCCAAGCUGAAUCCCGAGGAGAUUUAAGACCUGACCCGCGAUUCGAUGCCAUCAAUAUCAUUGUUCUUGUUCUUCAAGAGGACGAUGAGUCUACAUUUGACACCCAUGUGCUUCUGCGUGGUGGAUCUUAUUAUGCUGAGAAGGACCUUGAUGCUGUUUCAGAGUCCACGGUCUCUGUUUUUACUGAAGAACAAGAAUUGCUUAAACAUUUUAUAAAAAUUGUUCAUGCUACUAAUCCAGAUGUUUUGAUGGGCUGGGACGUACAAAGCGGUUCUCUUGGAUAUUUGGCCGAAAGGGCUGCAUUUUUGGGCGUUGGCCUGCUAAAUAGUAUAUCGAGGACACCUUCGCAAAUAAAUGUGACUCCUGGAGAUUCUGACGCUUCUCAGAAAGAGAUGGGGGCAUUGUUUUCCCAAUCAGUCACUGCUGAAGCAGUCCAUCUUGAAAAUACAUUAAUUGAGGAUGAGUGGGGAAGAACACAUGCAAGUGGUGUUCAUGUAGGUGGUAGAAUUGUGCUUAACGUUUGGAGACUGAUGCGGAAUGAAGUUAAACUCAAUAUGUACACAGUUGAAGCUGUAGCUGAAGCAGUUCUGAGGCGAAAAAUUCCAUAUAUCCCUUGGAAAGUACUAAAACAAUGGUUUUCAAGUGGACCCGGACGAGCACGAUACAGAUCUAUUGACUAUACAGUAGAGAGAGCAAAGUUGAGCCUGCAAAUAAUGAAUCAGCUCGAUAUGAUAAAUCGAACAUCAGAACUUGCUCGAGUGUUUGGUAUCGACUUUUUUUCAGUUUUAUCUCGAGGCUCACAGUAUCGUGUUGAGUCAAUGUUUCUUCGAUUAGCACACACACAGAACUUUCUUGCUAUAUCUCCUGGAAAGCAACAGGUUGCCAAUCAACCAGCAAUGGAGUGCUUACCUCUUGUUAUGGAGCCAGAAUCUAAAUUUUAUGCCGAUCCUGUUAUUGUUUUGGAUUUCCAGUCUCUGUAUCCAUCAAUGGUAAUCGCGUAUAACCUUUGCUUCUGUACCUGUCUAGGGAAAUUUACACCUACAAAUUUGAAUAUUCUUGGUGUCAGUUCAUAUUCACCAGAUGUAAAUACUUUACGCAACUUAAAAGAUGACUUACUUUUGACGCCCAAUGGUGUUGUCUAUGUUCCUUCGAAAGUUCGGAAAGGGAUACUACCUAGGCUGUUAGAAGAGAUAUUAUCGACCAGAAUCAUGGUGAAAAAAGCGAUGAAGAAGUUGGCUCCAUCUCAGGUGGUUCUUCACAGGAUAUUAAAUGCCCGACAGCUUGCUUUGAAGCUUAUAGCAAAUGUUACUUAUGGUUACACUGCUGCCGGAUUUAGUGGACGCAUGCCUUGUGCUGAGCUUGCCGACAGUAUUGUGCAGUGUGGCCGUAGAACACUGGAAUCUGCUAUUGCUUACGUGAACUCAAAUGACAAGUGGAAAGCCAGAGUUGUAUAUGGUGAUACUGAUAGCAUGUUUGUACUUUUAAAAGGGCGUUCUCUUAGAGAAGCUUUCACGAUUGGACGAGAAAUUGCAUCAGCUAUAACUGAAAUAAAUCCAAAUCCCGUCACUUUAAAAAUGGAAAAAGUUUACUUUCCGUGCUUCCUCCUUACGAAAAAGCGGUAUGUUGGUUAUAGUUAUGAGUCCCCCGAUCAGUGCAAACCAGCCUUUGAUGCUAAGGGUGUUGAGACGGUUAGGAGAGAUACUUGUGGGGCUGUAUCUAAAAUGAUGGAGCAGUCAUUGAGGAUCUACUUCGAAAGUCAGGAUAUUGAUAAGGUCAGAGAAUAUAUGCAGCGCCAGUGGACUAGGAUAUUAUCGGGUAGAAUCUCUCUUCAGGAUUUUGUUUUCGCAAAGGAAGUCCGCUUGGGGACAUAUAGUGCAGGUGCUUAUUCACUUCCUCCCGCUGCAAUUGUGGCCACUAAAUCAAUAAAAUCCGAUCCGCGUGCAGAGCCACGGUACGCCGAGCGAAUACCUUAUGUAGUCGUUCAUGGUGAGCCUGGGGCCCGCUUAGUCGAUAUGGUGGUGGAACCACUUGAACUUCUGUCGAUUAAUUCCCCAUUCAGACUGAACGAUGUUUAUUACAUUAGGAAACAGAUAAUCCCAGCAUUACAGAGAGUAUUUGGUCUUGUCGGGGCUGAUUUGAACCAGUGGUUCUUGGAUAUGCCUCGACCGGCACGUGAAGCUAUCGGAAAACGAUAUUCUUUUGCUCAGAAUCCACAGAGGAUGAGAAUUGACUAUUACUAUGAAUCGAAACAUUGUAUCCUUUGUGGCGAUCUGGUACAUGGAUCGGCCCAUUUGUGUCACAACUGUUGUAAGGAUGAAAGAACUGUUGCUGCAGCCUUGACAGGAAGAACUUCAAAACUUGAGAAGGAUUUACAACACCUUGCUGCUAUAUGUCGUCAUUGUGGGGGCGGGGAUUGGCUGGUCGAAAGUGGAGUGAAAUGCCAAUCACUUGCGUGCUCGGUUUUCUACGAGAGAGUCAAAGUCCAGAAGGAGCUGAUGUCACUCACUGAAGUUGUUACCAAGACUGGUUUGUACCCUAAAUGUAUGGUAGAGUGGUUUUAA